CUUACUCCCCAGGCAACAAGAUGGAGAGAAGAACACACUGACAGCUCACCGAGACACCGGACAGGGGAGGAACCGGAGAGCGAUCACCGAGACAUCCGCCAUGGACUGACCGACCCCGGAUCCGCCUGGAUGUGUGAUGGACGGACACCUCUCUGUGCUGUAUUCCUGAUCUGUGAUCCAUUGCUGGACAUGGACCUACACAGCCCUCUGCUGUCAUCUAAAGACCCCCCUGUGAUACUCAACACCCUGUGAUGGCUGAUCUACACCCCAUAGACUUUUAUAUUAUGAUUGAUGAGCUGUGUGUAUAGAAUACUUCUCACUGAUCCCUACACCCCAAUCACAUCUCACUGAUCCCUACACCCCAACACCUCUCAUCACUUUUCACUGAUCCCUACACCCCCCAUCACUUCUCACUGAUCCCUACACCCCAACACCUCUCAUCACUUUUCACUGAUCCCUACACCCCCCAUCACUUCUCACUGAUCCCUACACCCCCCAUCACUUCUCACUGAUCCCUACACCCCAACACCUCUCAUCACUGAUCCCUACACCCCAACACCUCUCAUCACUUCUCACUGAUCCCUACACCCCCCAUCACUGAUCCCUACUCCCCCAAAACCCCCCAACACCUCUCAUCACUGAUCCCUACACCCCAACACAUCUGUACUGUCUGCACCCCCAACACCUCUGACUGAUCCCUACACCCCAACACCCCCCAUCACCUCUCUCUGAUCCCAACACCUCUCAUAGCUUCCCACUGAUCCCUACACCCCAACACCUCUGUACUCAUCUCUACCUACCACUGUCUACAAUACUCACUUCUCCCAGCACCCCACAUCAUAAGAAGUCUAUAGAAGUCUCUAUACUUCUCUCCAGAUCAUUGGAUGAACUGUACUCUACACUCUGCAACCCACUGAUCUAUAUACAUUGAAUCCUACUGAUCUAUAUACACUACGCUGUAUACACUGAUCUAUAUACAUUGCAUCCUACUAAUAUAUAUACACUACGCUGUAUACACUGAUCUAUAUACAUUGCAUCCUACUGAUCUAUACACACUACACUGUAUACACUGAUCUAUAUACAUUGCAUCCCACUGAUCUAUAUACAUUGCAUCCUACUAAUAUAUAUACACUACGCUGUAUACACUGAUCUAUAUACAUUGCAUCCUACUAAUAUAUAUACACUACGCUGUAUACACUGAUCUAUAUACAUUGCAUCCUACUGAUCUAUAUACACUGCACUGUAUAAAUUGCAUCCCACUGAGAUAAAUACACGGUGCUAUAUACACAGCAUUAUAACAGCAUAAUAUACACUGUACUAUAUAGAUCUGUGAGCACCCUUGGAACUUAGGAAGUCUCUACUUCUGUCCAGCUUAUUGUAUGAACUUUAUUGUACACUCUGCAUCACACUGAGCGAUAAACAUAUCACUAUAUACGGUACUCUGGACUUCACACACAGCAUCCCACUGAAGCUUUAUACACAGUACUAUAAAUACUGCACUAUAUACAUUGCAUUCCACUACACUACAUACUCACCAUUCUGUACACUACACUAUAUUCCUAGCACUACAUACACAGCACUACACUGCACUAUAUCCAAAUAACUACAUACACAGCACCCCACUGCACUAUAUACAUAGCACUACAUACACAGCACCCCACUGCACUAUAUACAUAGCACUACAUACACAGUACCCCACUUCACUGUAUACAUAGAACUACAUAAACCGCACCCCACUACACUGUAUACAUAGAACUACAUAAACCACACCCCACUACACUGUAUACAUAGAACUACAUACACAGCACCCCACUGCACUGUAUACAUAGAACUACAUACACCACACUCCACUGCACUGUAUACAUAGCACUACAUACACAGCACCCCACUGCACUGUAUACAUAGAACUACAUACACAGCACCCCACUGCACUGUAUACAUAGCACUACAUACACAGCACCCCACUGCACUAUAUACAUAGAACUACAUACACAGCACCCCACUGCACUGUAUACAUAGAACUACAUAAACCGCAUUCCCACUGCACUAUAUACAUAGCACUACGUACACAGCACCCCACUACACAAUAGCCAAAGAACUACAUACACAGCGCCCCACUGCACUAUAUCCAUACCGCUACAUACACAGCACCACACAGCUCUGUAUACACAUCACUGCAUACACAGCACAAUAUACACAGCACUAUAAAGACUACACUACAGUACAUACACUGCACCCCCUAUUCUAUGAACACAAGAGUGCUGAGCACCCCUCUAUCCUGUAGCACCCCACAUCUCCACACACCCCUGAUCUGUACUCUGCCGAUCCAUCACCAUUCCCAGUCUAUUACUGGAGGAACACUGAUAACAAUGAGUUCUGUGUAUUCUAAAAUCCUAUCACACACUGGAAUCUAGAUUCUCCUCGUCCUUCUUUAGUAAAUUCCUUAAACAUAUCACAACUUAUUGGAAACCCCACAGAUUACAACCCUCAGUGUUUUUCCUCAGCAUUUAAACACAUGUUGACUUUGUAUUUUUUCUCCAUUUAUUUCUAAGUCUCCGAUCCCCAGCCGAUCUCUGCGUUGUGCUGUGUUCCUGUCAUAGGUCUGUGGUUGGUUUUGCUCACUGUGUGACAGGUGUGACAUUUACCUUGUCACCCUCCAGACACAUUAACACAUACAAGUUACAUAUAUAAGAGAUCUCAUUAACACGUGACACCAGCCACGUCCCCCCAACAUGUCACUGACACCAUGCCCCCUGCGCAGUCAUUAUCAAGCACUUAGCAUUCCAUUAACACCUCAUUAUAAGGCAGUAUUUGUCAUUUCACUCUUCUAUUGAAUGAACACCCCACAGUCACAUUAUUGACCUACCUCCCACUGUCCCAUUAGCAAUAAAUCCGCCUCAUUUACACAUUUCGUAGCAUUGCUAACCCUUUACUGUCACUUAAUAUACCUCAAUCUUCCCUGAGACCACAUUGACAGGAAGGGUGACCUAUGAACAUUCAGUGGAUUACUCUUCCUUGGAGUUGUGAAAAUCUUUAUGAACGUGGAUGAAAGAAACUUUACAGCCCACUACUGAGUCACUGCAAGGGACCGUCAUGCAGGACCAACGGACCAAAUCUUAUUCACAUAGUAAAACACAGUUGGAAAUAGACUGGGAAGAAGAACGGCGAGCUUUGCAGGACGAACAGAAAAUAAUUAGGCAACGUGCGCAAAAACUAUCCGUUGAGACAAAUCGACGAAGAAAAGCUCUUGAGGACAAACGUAGAGAAGAGGAGUUGAAGGAACAGAGAUUACGAGAGGAGAUCCUACAGCAAAGGAAAAUAAAACUUCAAGAAGCCACAGAGAAGUUUCAGAGAGCCCAUCUACCUCCAUCACAGCGCAGGAGAACUGCAUAUGUAGUUAAUAAAAAGCCAAAUCCGAAGCUUGAAGAUGCUCUCAGGCAAAUCCAGUCCACUCUGUCCUCCACAUUCUACUACAUGUCCAAUCACCGGAGCCCUACUAAUACAAGGAGCUCAGACUCGCCAUCCAGCAAUUCAUCAAUAGGGACCUCCGCAUGGUCAAAGAGACAAGAGUCUGCUCCAAAAUUGGCUUUUGAAGGAGUUUAUCAGGACAAAGCUUUCAUCCAGUUUGAUAGCGAUCAGCUUUACUUCCAGAACAAGUUACAGGAAGCACAGCGCCUCCUGGAGGAGCAACAUCUCAACAACAUACAGGAUUUCCAUCAGGAAGUGGAACAGCUAGCACAUUCGGAGAGUUUGUCAAGUUUGGACAGUCUAGAAGAAGGCCUGAACACAAACGAGGAAAAUGAUACAGUGCAAGAGCUUCCAAUUGAUACUUUGCACAGAGCGUUGUUAGAAAUCUCUUCCACGGUGAACAGUGGAAAUCACUACACCAAUCGGAGCAAUAGUGGGUUAAACAGUGGAAAAAGUUCUCCUGAACCUAAUCAGGUCGUACCGGAUAUAUUAAGAGAACAAAACGUAUCUAUGAAAGUUGAAGAGUGGCACAGAUCUGCUGCUAAGCAAGCAGUGAUAGAUCCUACAUCACACAAUGGAUCCUCCUACGGUUCCUUCUCCCCGACACGAGACAUAAAUCACUUCUCAGAAAUGCCCACUGCAGAGGAAAAGACAGGUUAUCCUGACAUGGGUUAUAGAGAAAGUUCAACUGUUGUGGUUAGGCCAAGCAAAGCUUGGGCCACUCCCGACCCAACCCCAAGAGAAACCACACAAGCCUUGAUGCUACAAAAUAACAAAGACAUGGUGCAAUGCCAUGGCUUAUCAAUAAAGCCCAUAAUGACUCAACCCUUGGCAACGCCAAUAGUCGUUCCAUUAUCUGGAAGUUCUGCCAGUAACUGCCAACCCAACUCUGAUUUAAAACAAAGUAAACAUACACAUGAAAUUCAUUUAACGAAUUCUGUUUCUGAUGCCACAGCUAGUUCAUAUAAUUCACAGUUUUAUAGAGUGAAAAGUGACCUGAAUAAACCUAUAGAAGGCAGCAGCCAGAGCACCCCGUUGCGGGCAUACCUCUCCUCACCCAAUCUCGUUUCUAAUAUCAAAUCUGGUGUUAUGCAAGAAGAAAAGGAAGAUCGAAAAAGUGGUCAUUCCCAAGAUGAUCCUGAUGAUGUUUUGAAUACGUUUUAUAUCAAAGCAAGAACUGGAAAAGAAGGACACAGAUUGUUAAAAAGUAUAUUAAAGAAAGUAUCAAAGUAUGAAAAGGGUUAUAAUAGGACUCUGGGUAUUGAAAAAAUGUUUCAGCUAGGGGAGAAAAGCUCAGAUGGCCUUAGGGACAGCGUGGAACUGGCUAAGGAAAAGGAAAAAAAUAAAAAUAAAAAAUUAAGAUGGCUAGAUGAAAAGGACAAAAUAAUGGAUAACAAAGAGGCGCCAGGAACAAUUAGGAAUUUGGAAGCUAACCUGAAGUCUCAAUUGGAGCCCCCUGCUUCUGGAAAGUUUAUGGAACAUGUUCUUGUACCUACUGUUUCCAUAACUGACCAAGUAGGUCCUUCUACCGGGACUCCUAGCUCUGUUUUUUCUACGGGUUACCAUUUCACCAAGCAGGCAUGGAUGGCAAAUAAAGGAGAGGAAAUUAACUCUGUAGGCCAUACCUAUGCCAUUAGAACACCACCGAAGGCAAAGACAAGGAUAGCAAAGCGCCCAAAAUCAGCUAAAAGUCAGUCUGUGGUUGCGUACCGGAAUAGGAGGGGUGUCAUUAUACGCCCUCAAUCAGCUACGGAAGCAAGUAAAAUUGCAAAGACUCAGGGAAAGGCGAUGGUUCCUCGUCCUCCACCCAGGCAUGCCAUGGACAAUACUAUUGGUGAGGCCAUCACAGAAACCAAGGGUCAGCCUGCGAACAUUUCUCAGGUUAAUCAUUUGAACAAUGUUGUACAAUCACCCAGUCAUGGUUUGACAAGAGAUGCAAUGCCUUCUAAAACAAUAUCUCGUUCUUUGGGUAAUUUGAUUGCUGCACAACAACUUGGCUCUCCCGAUGCUGAGAAUGCCACAAAAUCUCUCCUUACUUUGAACAGUGAUCGGGUGUCGGCUUUACAAGAAAGUUUACCCGUUUCUGCCAAACGGAAGCCUGUAUAUGGAGAGAAUGGACUGCGUCUAGACCAUACACCCACCGAUGAGGAAAUUGCUCUUUUGUGGAAAGGAGUACGAAGUGCCUUAUCUCAUAAAAAUUCUACUGCUGGCGAUUUCCAUCCCGGUGAUCUACCUUCUAAUUUGCAGACACGACCUAACCUGUCCCAUGUUGUCAUUGAUGGAGCAACACUGAAUAACUGGAAAACAUUUUCUAGAGCAAAUGGCUUCUCCUCUCCUUUUGUUAAUGGUUAUGUAACCCUUCCAAGAAGAAGGCAGAAUGUAGAUAACAAUGAGAACAAACGCAAAGCUUUGCUGGAGCAACGAAAAGGAAGACCUUGUUCAGCAGGCUGGAGGCCUCCACUCUCACAGAACUUGCAUACAGUGAAGAUAAGCCCAAUUCACAGCACACAAGAGCCUGCACAAGUACACCCUUCAUCAGCUUCAGUUGAAGUUUCAGAAAGCACGGCUCAGUUUAUGCUGGCAGAGAAUCUGGUGGAAACAUCUGCGACAGAUGGAGAAAUCUUAGCUGCCAUGCAAACAUUGCAGGCAAACAAGCAGAAUCUCAGGAGCCACAAAUCCCCCAACACAGGACACACUGCUCUGUCUAUAGAAGAACAGAGACUCCUCCAAUCUCUUGAUCGCCUUAACCAGAGGCUACAGACUGUGCAGGACACAAUGACCAAACCUCCAGGGACAGCAAAUGGUUUUCCAAUCAAGUCAACAUUGAACAUAUUCCACCAUAUCCCAGCUCAGCCAAUGGAAAAUGCAAUACAGAUGCACAAAUACCGCAGCCUGUCUGCCGACCCUCGCACGCGGCUGCAGAGAAGAUAUUGACUACUUUCAAUACUGUCAUAAUAUACAGCAAUGUGUAUCACUGUACUGUAUAUACUGUAUGUAUUUAUAAACGUUUUGUACAAUGUUUUUCUGUUUUCUAUUGGAAAGCUUAUAUUAUAUAUUUUAGUGUGUUAAUUA